GCUUCUCGAAGCAUAAGUUAUUUUCUUCGGUUGACCUGAUCUGAAUUAUGAGUUUAAUAUAAAAAAAUCCACUUCUUUUUGUCUGUAUUAUUCCGAAUCAGGCCAACCCUGCUUAAAAAUGAUGAGAGGGUUGCAGAGGAGCACUCACUAAAAGAAUCAUCAGCAACCGCCCAGCAAACUGUUCUUAGAGGGAGAAGAAAAAAAAAAUAGGCGAUAAAUUUGCUCCAGAGGGGAAUAAUUUAUCACUGCCUCUGACACUAUACGAUUAUUCAAUGCUAAAGCACGCCAAACAUUUCUCUUCUUUUAAUCGCAUUUAGUUUCUCAGUGCGUAUCCAGGAGAGAUGCAGAGUUCCUUUCGGUGAUUAGAAAUCAUACUCAUUCUAAAUGAUCUCAAUCAAAAUUAUUUUGAAAGCAAAGGGAUGAGUCAUUGCCCUACUUAAUUCAUCGAAGCCACAGGCGUCUCAGUUUUAGUUGCUUGAACAACUUGAAUUGAAUAUUGUGGUCAGGGGUCGUCUUGCGUGUCCGCUUGCUGUUUGGUUCUUUGUUUUGUUUAAGUUGUUUUGUUUAAGCAGUUUCUCAAUUAAUCCGUUUGAGGUUAAGAGCGUUUUGUGGGCGAAACCGUUGAACAAUACGGACUGCAUAUUGGCUUUGAUUUUACUCAAAACAGCAAAAUUGAACUUAGCAUUGAUGUUUGGAAUAACCUAAGGUUAUCGCUCCUUUUAUAAGUAGCAGACUGAAGCGAAAGAAAACAACGCUUUACAAUGCAUGUGUCAACACAGCGUUCCAGAUUAAUCACUGACAAUAUUUCCGUAUGACCCCUCGGAAACAAUGUGUCUUGGACAUCUAAAACAGUGUCAACAAUAGAACACACCUAGAUUAAAUUCCUGCGUCACAGGUCAUGAAACAUCCUGUUGUGAUCAAAGUUUCAUCAGAUUGCUCCUCUAAUCUGAACGACCGCGUUCGCACAUUUCUGACUUUACUCUCUUUCGUUAAUCGCAAACAAGGAAGAAAAAAAACCUGAGUCCAUUUUCAUCGGAAUGUUACCGAUGAAAAUGGACUCAGAAAGGAAGGAGUCAAGGGCAUCUCAAAAAAACGACAGGGAAUCAUGUGCUGUUCAAGUCAGGAGCAAAGAGGCAGUUGAAUUCUCAAAAUGAAAGGGGCAAGGAAAAACCGCGCUGCAGACCCGAUAAGGAGCAUCCAAGAUGUUCUGCGAUUAGCAUUACGUUGCAAGAAAAUAUUUGAAUUUAUUAAUCGCAAAAGAGCGAUUUCAAACAACAACUUCGGUAUAUCGUCCGAUAGGUGUCGAGGAUAUAUCGAUUUUCGGAAAUCACGUGACCAAGUCGAUGCAUUCCACUUCACCAUCCUUCAGGUUGUUUUUCCUUUGGAUUGUAAUACAAUCUCGCUGGGAUAAAGACUGCAUAAUGGAAGAAAGUGACGAUGUUGUUUUGACUCUACUUACUGAGGUAUACUCUAGAGGCACUACACCACAGCACGAGGCCCAAGAAAUUAGAAGACACCUAAAAAGGUGGCCCAAUAGGAAUCAACUUGGCAUUUAUCUUUCAAGAUUACUUGGGGAAGCAGAUGCCAUCAGGAGGCACAUCGUUACACAGCAGGACAGGUGGAACCCUUAUCCAUCAUUUUUGAGACGGCAUGCCGAGGCUGUUGGGAUAAGAGCACAAGUAUUGAGACAUCAUCAAAUGAGGUGGGGACAUCUUUGUUUCAUUAGAAUAUGGAACCAUCAAGCCGCUGUCUCUCUUUCGACAGUGUCUGAUGAAGCAGCUAAAAUAAGACACCAUGUGCUCCAUUCUCAUCAGAUAAGGGUCCCUUGUUUUCUCGACAGAAACCAAAAAGAUCGUUCCAGAAAUAAAGAAGAAGUAACUAGAAUACAGCUACAUUGUACACCUACACACCCAACUGCUCAUAUAGAAUAUACUCAUUAGGAAACUGUGAGUCAUUUUAACUGUACCAUCAUGUCUACCAAAUCAGGUUUACGUUGGAUACCUAAUGAAAAACAUAUUCUCACUUUUCUUUAUUCAUUGCCUGGCAGAUAGAUGGCAUGUGAACAUGAAACACUGCUUAUUUACUGACAAUCACUCUGUAGAACCUGAUAUGUUACUCGAUAAAUUCUCUCAUGUUAUUGAAUAAUUUAUUCCCUGUUGUGAAAAGAGGAUCUUUAGAUGUCUAUAUAUUUUAUUUUGUACACAACUUUCUUGGUUUGUAAAUGAUAAAAAAGGAAAAGUAAAAAAUGAUUGCUUUUGCUUUGGUUUUGCUACCCUUUACCCUCCUGGUAUGGAGGUAGAUCUCAUCCUGGACUGUUCAGUUUUAUAUGCUACUGAGCCUAAACAGAUCGUAAACACACUCUUACACAAGGCUUCAUUUUCUCUUAGUUCCAGUUCAUUAACAAAAAUAUCAUGACUUCGGAUAAAGUAAUAGAGAGAGUAACAGCAACCGUUUUAAACUGAGGUGCUCCUUCCUAACGAACCAUCCCCUCUCCCCCAGUCGGGUUACUUCUUAUUAUCAAGCAUUUUAGACUUGAACCUCUGGCUCAGAUGUGUAGGGUGACCUUUUCCUACAAUUUAACAUUGACAAAUUGAUUGACUAAUUAACCGUCUUCUGAAAAAAAAAAAUGGCAGUCUGAGACUGCAUGUGGCUACUGAUCUAGCGCAAUCUUUACAGCAUUGAAAAGAGCUUGAGGUUGUAUAAUGACACUAGAAGGUAGCGUUGCACGAUAUUUGUGUCACAUGCAAAACUGAAAACCUGCUGCGUCUCACAUAUUUAUGAGUACCCUGUUCCAGUAGAGAAAGAUGAUUCAAGAAUAUAGUGACUAAUCGACAUUCAAACAUUAAUUAAAUGGCAACAAAUAAUCAUAAUAGUAAUAAUAAUGAUAAUAAUAAUAAUAAUGAGAAAAAUGACAACAAUAGUAAUAAUAAUAUUUUAUAGGGUUAGCUCUAGAAUCUCAAUGUUCUUCUAUCUUCAAGGCUCCAAUAAAUGAUGAGAACAUGCUUGCUAUAAUCUCGCCUGUUAAUAAUAAAUUAUCUUCUUAUCCCAUUACAA